UUUUAAGUUUGUGAUUACUAUUUACGAAAUAAUCUAAUUCGUCAAGAAAUGAUCAGAUUCGAACGCGUUAAAGUUAAAAGGUCAUUUAAGCGUGUUAUAAAUUAGCGCUUUGCUGCUUGACAAGCUGCAGAACUGUCCUCCUGGUUUAGCACCUGAGCAGAGACUGUAUUUUUGGACGAUAAGUAGAAUGGACUUUCAAUGCAGGUGGGGUGUGUGUUUAAUGCUCUUGGGUUUUCUGUAUGUUGUAUCGGGUGCCCAAAACAUAUCUCUUGGAAGAAGUUUGCUGCAAAAUGUCGCUAGGACGCCUCCAAUGGGAUGGAAUAGUUGGAAUCACUAUGGCUGCAAUAUCAAUGAACGCAUUGUGCGAGAUACGGCUGAUCAUUUGGCCUCAAGUGGGCUGUCUGGAAUGGGAUACAAAUAUGUAAAUAUAGAUGACUGUUGGGCAGAGCCCAAUCGUGACAGCAAUGGAAGACUAGUUCCUAGUCAUUCAAAAUUUCCCUCUGGAAUUAAGGCUCUGGCCGAUUAUGUCCACAGUAAAGGACUGAAACUUGGGAUAUAUUCAGAUGCAGGGUAUUAUACAUGCCAAAAGCAACCAGGUUCUCUGGGACAUGAACAAGUAGAUGCAGACACGUUUGCUUCAUGGGGCUUGGAUUAUCUUAAAUAUGAUAAUUGUUACAACGAUGGCUCUAAACCUGAAGAUCGGUACCCAAAGAUGCGCGAUGCACUUUUGAGGACUGGGAGGCCUAUUUUCUAUUCGUUGUGUGAAUGGGGAGUGGAUGUUCCAGCUACAUGGGCUCCAAAAAUUGGAGGUAGUUGGAGAACAACAGGGGACAUUGAGGACAAAUGGGACAGCGUAGUUUCUCGUGCUGAUCAAAACAAUCAAUAUGCACAAUAUGCACGCCCUGGUGGAUGGAAUGAUCCUGAUAUGUUGGAAGUAGGAAAUGGUCACAUGACUAUGGACGAAUAUGGAUCACAUUUCAGCAUUUGGGCUCUCAUGAAGGCACCUCUGUUGAUUGGUUGCGACGUUACAUCCAUGAACAAAGGGACUUACAGAAUUCUAAGUAAUGAGGAGGUUAUAGCAGUGAAUCAAGACCAACUUGGAAUACAAGGGCGGAAAGUAAGCAAAUGGGGAGACCUUGAGGUGUGGGCUGGUCCGCUUACCAACAAACGUACGGCGGUGGUCUUAUGGAACAGAAGCAACUCAAGAGCUACAAUCACUGCCAAGUGGGAAAAAAUGGGAAUGCACCCUUCUGUUCAAGUCCGAGUUAGGAACUUAUGGAGGCACAGAGACUUGGCCAAAUAUCACCAAGGAAGCCUUGUAGCAUCAGUGAAGCCUCAUGCUUGUAAAAUGUAUGUUUUGACACCAGUGUCUUAAGAAGUUCCCAAUUUGGUAAUUUAGCUUACAGCAAAUAUGCUGUACAUGCAUAUUAUAGCAAUGAUUGGUAGAGAAUUGGUGAUGAAUGUGAUCUUCAAAGAGGAGAUAUAUCACUGUCCUUAUUAUGUUUACUAUUCCCAUAGUACAAAGUAGAAGGAAUUCUGUGUCAAGCCUCCUGUGAAAUGCACAAGGGGCUUAAAAAGGCAAUUGUGUAUUCAUUUCUUUCUCCAUCUCGCAGAAAGAGAGCCAAAUCUUAUGGCCUAUUGGCAGACAUGGGAGAAUCAGAUUUUGGUCAAAGCCAUGAAUAUCUAAAUUUCAUGAUUCUUGUUUAAUUCAUUUCAGUUGCAAUGGUAAGAAAGCAUGAUUUGACUACUAGUUCUUUUUGCAUGAUGUCCCACUCAUUUCAUGAUAAUGUCAUCCUCCAGUCAUUUUGAUACCUAAAACCAUCAGGUAAGUUAGGGUUUCAUUGAGGAAUUCGGAAUUAAUGGAGGAGUAUUUCAGAAAUUUCAAAGAGCAAUUCCAUUUUGUAUGAAUAUAUCUCAUAUUAAUGGAAAAUUAUUAUUUGGUUUUUA